AUUAGAACUUCGGCGCCACAGUGUCAGCGAUCCUUCGAGGUGUUUGCACACGGGAAAGCACGAGAAGAUAAUAAUUGAAGACUCCGCUCGUUGCAGCGGGUAGGAGGCGAUUGGAUUACUCGACAGAAUAAUACCAACCGGCCGAGCAACAUCUGCCCGUACGGUUCGCUCAUACAUACCACCAUUAAUGUUAUCAACACGGAAAAUCGUAAUGAUUAUUUGGGAAAAAAAAAACCAAUAUUCAUAAAUCAUCGGAAUAGCACAAUUAACCCGCUUGACUCUCGCCUAUUAUUCUACGCGUACGCAUAGGUCCAGACGGUUAACCGGGUUCCGCGGGCACCAGCUUAUCGUUGGGUUCAUGUUUAAUGUGCAAUAAAUUUUUUUUCCGUUCGGUUAGUUAAUUGUUUCGUCCGUAAUUCAACGCGCGUAUACGUUUUAUGACGGUUUUAUCGAACGAAAUUAGUGCGAUAUAUCAACUGCGGAGCGUGUCGAAAUUUAAACGAUCGGACGUCGAUCGCGUGAAAAGCAAAUCGUUCCACGGCAAUCGGAUCAGUCGUGGCACGGUAACUAGGCGACACAGUGACCGGCUCCGCUAACCGCGACCGCUGUCUGGAGCGUCGACGAUACCGGCGCAAGAGGUAGAAGAUCGUAAGGUGGCCGCGUCAGCAUGAAGCAGACUGCCGCGACGACCGAAGAUGUGCUGUGCCUUACUCACCCAGACAUGUCUUGGAUACGUGACAAUUCUAUGACGUGGACGCAGCGUUUUUGCGCCCAAGUGCUGAGGUAUGGAGAGAUACCGAAACAUGUAGCGUUUAUAAUGGAUGGCAACAGGCGUUACGCUAGGAAAAAUCAUGUUGGGAAGAAAGAUGGACAUGUACGAGGGUUUGACAAAUUGUCUGAAACUUUACAAUGGUGUUUACAUUUAGGUAUUAAAGAAGUUACUGUAUACGCAUUCAGUUUAGACAAUUUUCGAAGAACACAAGAAGAAAUUGAUAUCCUAUUUGAUCUUGCACGAGAAAAGUUUAAAAGACUUUUGGAAGAAAAGGAUAAGUUAAAUGAACAUGGUGUAUGUAUAAAUUUUGUUGGCAACUUUAAACAACUUCCUGAAGAUUUAGUUAAGUUAAUAGCUGAGUCAAUGUUUAUAACAAAGCAAAAUAAUAAGACAUUUUUAAAUGUUGCAUUUUCCUAUACAGGACAUGAUGAAUUAACAAAUGCCUUUAAUCAUAUAUCUAAUGGUAUUAAAAAUAAAGAUUUGGAGGAAUCGGAUUUAUCUGUUGAAAUAAUUGAUAAUUGUUUAUAUACAUAUCCGUCCCCGCCACCUGAUUUAUUAAUACGCACAUCUGGUGAGACUAGACUGAGUGAUUUUAUGAUAUGGCAGUGUUCUUACAGUUACAUAUAUUUUACAUCAACAUUAUGGCCAGAAUUUUCCGCAUGGGAUUUUAUGAUUGCUAUUUUCAUGUAUCAAAGAAAUCUUCGAGAAUUUUUGCGUUAUAGAUCACCAUCUAGAAGAUUGAGUUCAAGAGCUGAAAAAUUUGUUGAAAAUGUAAAACAAAAACGAUUGAAUAGUCUGUAUACAAUUGCGUGAUAAUAUUGUUGUUAUUUUUUCUUCAUUUAUCAAAAUAAUUUAUUUACAUAAUUAUAUAUGUGUGUAUAUAUACAAA